GCGCAGUACCAGCUGAAACUCCAGCAAAAUCUCAUGUACCUCGCUGCCAUAGCUGACGCUCAGCCACAACCACCUCUUACAGCUGCUCAGGUUCCUCCCGGGAGUAUGAUGCAACCGGGGCAGCACUACAUGCAGCAGCAGCAGCAGCAGCAGCAGCAACAACAUAUGAUGCAGCAGUCGAUGCUCGGGCAGCGAAAUCCAAUGCAGUACAUGCAAGCGCAAGGCCCGAUGCAUCCCGCCGCUGCUGCCGCCGCCGCCGCGGCUGCACAGCAGCAAGCCAUGGCCGUCCACGCAGGGAUGGUCUCAGGAGCUCACAACGGACUACACAUGCUCGGGGAGGCUGGCGUUGGCGGCAAUGGCCCGGCGGGUGCCGGGAGCUUUGCGGACUUUGGGAGAGCAAAUGCCAGCGCUGGAGGUGGCGGGGAUGGCCUCCAGACGAGCAUCGGGCUCGGACAGGACAUGAGGAGCGGCGCUCCCGGGAACCGGGAGAUGGGCGGCGGCGGCGGUGGUGGCGGCGGAGGUGGCGGCGGCGGAGAUGGCGGUGCUUCCGGAGUUCAAGGAGGAGAAGAUACCGAGCCAUCUUACUUGAAAGCUUCCGAGGAGGACGGGAACUAACGGGAAGAGAGCGCCAGAAGGGAACACUCCAGAUCGCUGAGAUGGACAACACAGCUACAAGCCAGGCUCGUUUUUCUUUCACUUGUUUCUCGAUUCUUUUUCCUGGGAUGGAUGGUCUCCUGCCGAGAGCUUUUCACGGGCAAAGUUCCAGCGGCAAGAGCAGGGAGGCUUUCCAGUGCUAACUCUCUUUCGUCUUUCUUUCUUCUCCUUUUCCCCUUUUGCAUAGAUCAAGUGAUGGUAUCUUUAGUUCCGCAAAGUUCCAUCUUUGUCUGUAAGCUCCCACUUUGUUUGUACUAAUGUAAUCAAAUCCUUUUCGUCGUUUCUUUAA